AUGGUGUCCUUGCCGCGGGUUGCCGCGGCCGUCAGCUCCGCCAUCCUGAGGCUCAUAGCUUUCGUCUUUUUACGAUGGAUCCCUGGCCAUCAUAUGCCGCAUGUAGUGACCACCUCUUUGAUGGUCUAUCUGUCCUCGCUGUUCUACCUCGCCCGGCCUGUCAAGACAGCUGCUGGCCAGAAGGACCCCAAGCGCACUCAGAAUGGCCCUAGGUUUAGAGAGCCAGGGCGUCAAGACAGUAUUCUAAAGACCCUCCUGACCGGUCUCCCUUCAGCGAAGUACCCGGUGACAUCCCGUUUCACUAUCCUAGUGAACAUCGUCCUUACGCUCUUUACGUUGGACUUCUUGCUUCGAGGCGUCCUGCUCUACUCCGGAGAAGAUCUAUCCUUCUCCCGGAUCGGCUAUGUGUCUCCAACGACCGCGAAUCUGCUGGUCCGGGAGCCGGAUCCCGCCCAACUGCCUCUCGUAGUCUUCUAUCAACAAGCGGAACAGCCGGAUCCCGCGCGGUGGAUUGAAGAGGGCAUCAUCUAUUCCCUGGAUGACUCGACCGACUUCACGACCACGGUGACCUUCAAGAACCUGAAGCCAGAUUCCCGCUACCACUACUCCCUCUCCAACAAUGGCACUGGUUCCUUUGUCACUGCUCCUCUUCCCGGCACCAAGUCUGCCAACCGGCUGAGCUUCUUGACAUCCAGCUGCAUGAAACCCAACUUCCCGUACAACCCACGCUCACACCCUCUGCGCUUCCCCGGCGUCGAAAAGAUGACCGAGACGAUCAGCAAACUACCAUCUGCCCUGCGGCCGGCGUUCAUGCUGUUCCUCGGCGACUUCAUCUACAUCGACGUGCCUCAUCGCUUUGGCUCCUCAGCCUCCCACUACCGCAGUGAAUACCGCCGCGUAUACUCCUCCCCGUCCUGGUCCCUACCCCAGGACAACCCAGCCAUCAACCUCCCCUGGAUCCAUACCCUGGACGACCACGAGAUCGCCAACGACUGGUCCAAGGGAAACCUCACACCACCGUACCCUGCCGCCGCAGACCCCUUCAUCCACUACCACGUCAGCGUCAACCCGCCCAUCCCCGCCACUCCCUUUGCCACCCCCGAAAACACUACCUACUUCUCCUUCAUUCACGGCCCGGCCUCCUUCUUCCUCCUCGACACCCGCACCUACCGCUCCCCCCCGGCCCAGCCCAACUCGACCAUCCUGGGUUCCGCCCAGCUCCACUCCCUCCUCGCCUACCUCGCGCGCCCCGAACCCGCCGAAGUCCGCUGGAAGAUCAUCACCUCCAGCGUUCCCUUCACCAAGAACUGGCACGUCGGCACCACAGACACAUGGGGCGGCUUCCUGGACGAGCGCCGCACCGUCUUCGACGCCAUGUGGCGCGCCGAGCGCGACCUCGGCGUCCGCAUCGUCCUCCUCAGCGGCGACCGCCACGAGUUCGCCGCCACCCGCUUCCCGGACCCGGCCCUGCCCUGGUCCACCGCUGACGUCCAGCCCAACACGCCCGGCGAGGGCGUCCACGAGUUCAGCGUCGGCCCCCUCAGCAUGUUCUACCUCCCCGUGCGCACCUACCACCAGACCGACUCCGACGACGUCGCCGUCAAGUACGUCCCCGACGGAAACGUCAAGUACGGCCUGAUCGAUAUCGACCUCCGUGACGAGCUGGUCCACACCGCCGCCGGAGCAUCCGUCUCCGUCCCCAGCUCUGUCCUCACGUACUCACUGUACGUGGACGAAGAGGUCGUCUGGAAGUAUAGCCUCAGCGUGCCGCUGCCCGGACAUGAGGGCGUUCUGGCCGCCGCGGAGGCGUUCAAACACCCCCGUCUACCGCCUGGACGGGUGCUCGAGGACCACCGCCAGACGGAUGGGUGGGAUGCCACGGUCAAGACGUUGAUCGGGCAGGUAGAGGAGGUUAGCCGGGAAGUCUGUCGACGGGGUGCAGAUGUUGUUCAGGAGGUUCUGCGCAAGGUUAGCAAAGCCGAGAGGGUGGAUUAA